GGCUCCAGGUCUUCUUCCCGGCCACCUCCCACCUCCGAAACGCUCCGGGCUGCACGCCAUGGACGACCCCUGGCAGGAGAGCGAUCCAUGGCAAGGAGACAGCCAAGCUCCCUCAGGGCCUCCAACCUCUUAUGGGCCGACAUAUCCACAGCCCUCGCAGCCCAGUGAGGUGCCGCAAACCUCUUGGGAGGGCGGAGAGAUCGGUGGAGGAGAGACAGUUGUGGCUACCAGCAACUCAUGGUCAGGAGGAGAACAACAGUGGAGUCAGGAUGGUGGUUAUGCACACAAUACACAGCCAGCCCAAGCUCCACAAGCUGCAGAUUGGAAUCAAGGAGCGCAAGACAAUGGCUGGAACCAGGGAGGACAAGAUAAUGGAUGGAGUCAACAAAAUCAAGCCGGUGGCGAUGCCGCUUGGGGAAACUGGUCUGGCACACAGCAGCCUGCGCAGCAGCCUGCACAGCAGAAUGAUAGCUGGGGCAAUUGGGGUGGCUCUGCAGCCCAGACAGCACAGUCUUGGGAGGAUGCAGAGAAGAGACGUUGGGAAAACUAUUGGAAGGAUUUCAAGGAGGCUCAGGACUACUAUGUGGAGAGGGGGGUUCCCCCAGGAACUAAUGUGACCGCCGAUCCUUUCCACGGGCAACGAGAAGCGCGAGCCACUGGUGAAGACUUUGAUCUUUACGACUCGGUCUCGGUGAACGUCACCGGCACGGGCGCGGAAUGCUUGCCCAGUCUCACGACCUUCCAAGACAUGUUCGACCGCUUUUCGGAUAAGAUUCCAAAAACGCUUCAUGACAACAUGAAGCAGUGCGGUUUUGUACGCCCCACGCCGGUGCAAAAGUAUGCGAUCCCCGCCGGACUGGAAGGUCGCGAUGUCAUGUGUUCCGCGCAGACGGGCAGCGGCAAGACCGCGGCCUUCCUGAUUCCCAUGCUCGCGAGCAUGAUCAAGAACCACCAUGCCAUCGGAGAUCUGGAGACGCCCUUCACUGGUCCGUGCAAACCCGACACACUCAUCUUCUCGCCCACCAGAGAGCUUUGUAUCCAGACCUACGAGGAUGCCUUGAGAUUUUGCUAUCAGACCUCGCACAGAUGUACGCGCGUGUAUGGCCAAGAGAGCGCCAAGCGCCAGAUCGCCGAGCUGGCCAAAGGUGCCGAUCUCAUUGUCGCGACCGUGGGGCGACUCUACGACUUCGUAAAAGCUGGGAUCAUCAACGUGGAGGAAGUGAACUGCUUGGUGCUCGAUGAGGCCGAUCGCAUGCUGGACAUGGGCUUCGAGGUGCAGAUCAAAGAGAUUGUGGAAGACCACAACAUGCCGGGAAAAGAUUCGCGCCAGACGAUGAUGUUCUCGGCCACCUUUCCAGAAGAGGUGCAGAAUGCGGCACAAAGCUAUUUGCACGAUCACCUGAUGGUGGUCGUGGGCAAAAAAGGAAGUCCUGCAGUCACAGUCGCGCAAAUGGUGGAGAAGGUGGAAAAGGACCAGAAGAAGGAAAGAUUGAUCGAAUACCUCGACUCGCUCUUUCACAAAGAUAGUAACCACCGCGUUCUGGUGUUCACCAACAGCAAGAAGACAGCCAUGUAUCUGGAUGAACAGCUCUGGAAUAUGAAUGUGGCGAAGACCGCGGCGAUCCAUGGUGAUUUGGACCAAAGCAAGCGCGAGGAGAGCCUGACCAAAUUCCGGGAAGGCAAUGCGCAGGUCUUGAUCGCCACAGAUCUGGCCUCUCGUGGUCUGGACAUCAGCGGAGUGAGCUUCGUGAUCAACUACGACGCUCCCAAGGAGAUCGCCACCUAUGUCCAUCGGAUCGGCCGCACCGGGCGGAUUGGCCACCGGGGCACCGCCAUGACCUUCGUCACCAUGGAGGGUUGCUGGUGUCAUGACACCGAUGAAUUCUUGAGAGAGCUUCCAGCGAUGAUGGAAAAGGCUCCGAAUACGGAGAUUCCUCCGUGGCUGGCGGAGCUCUCGGAGCAGAAGAACAACGAUACCUGGUACAGCAAGAAGAACGAUUGGCAAACCACGGAUGUGCGCUAUGAGAAGACGGACAACACGACCUUCGAUGGCUGGGACGUGAAGGAGGAGGACCAAAACCAAAACAAUGGCGGUUGGAACAGCACGACGUGGAAAUCAGACACCACCAGCACCGGUGCGUCCGGAGAUCAGCAGUGGUGGAGUUGAAUCGAACCAAGAGCUGGAGAAGAGCUCAUCUUGUGAAUAGUGACUAGUUGGGUGCGGAAGGCCUGCCAGGCUGGAUGCAUUUUAAAGCAGAUCCUCGAUGGGCUGAUCGCAUCAAACUGACCGGUUUCAACCGCCGGGAACUGUCCCAUCCACCCACUGCCACUGGAUGGGACAGGCUUA